CAUACCGCCCAGCUUGAGCGCGCAGUGGAAAACAUGUGGAAUCAGGGGAAUGAGAGAAUUCGCACCUUAACUGCCAAGAUAAGAGGUUGUUCCACAUCGUCGGUGGUUUGAGUCUACAACAAACAUGUGCCCCCAGACAUGGAGACUGAGCAACAGGAACUUAGAAGGAGCUGUGAAGAUCUCCGUCUCACAUUAUCCGACAAGAAGAAAAGAGUCCUGCUCGACCAGACAUCAAACAACGCCCCUGAUGUCGGGAGAGCGAGGCCUGCUACAGAGACUGAAAGUCGCCCAUACUCCAGCCUCUACUCAGAGCAGUCACAAGGCCCUCUUCGAAUUACGCCUGCUAGCAAUAGAGAUGCUGUUCCCAAUUACUUUCUCACAGCCCCCAACUUUCCCGCGGCCCCUUCUUUUCCGAGAGUCCAGAGCGGCCCAAAAGCCCUGAUAGGGUGGGACAAACCGGCACCUACACAGCAAAUCUCUAGCCCACCGUUAAAUGCUGUAUCUCCUAGGAAUGUGGGAGUCUCGGCCUUCUCAUCUGGGCCUGGGAGUAACAUCGGGACGAGAAUACCUAUUUCAAGCUCGGCUCGGUUCUCAGGGACAACUGCAAACGCAAACAUGGGAGAGGCGAGGGCUGUCCAUAUCCCAGGUGAUAUGGGGGGUUCAAGAAUUCCGUCGGGGAGAGGUGGAUAUGCGUAUCUCCCAGAGCGGGCAUUCUAACCUCGAUGCUAACUUUUCUAGCCGCCCAAGUCCCAGCCCUAUCGUCCCCAAGCCAGAUCCAGAGACCCAACACUCAGCUCUAUGAGACAAUCCCAGGCAUUGUUCGGCGGUCAUAACAACUAUAGAUAUAAUUUCAGAACAAUGGAGACUUGAGCCAGGAAACACCGCCCUGGGUAAUGAAUACAGAGAAUGUUGGGGCUUUUUCCUAUUCUCAGCUCUUAUGUGUUGUUUCAAGACGAUAACCUCAUUGACCAGGAUAAUACUGUGACAGAGUUUUUAACCUACUCUUGCCAACACAACAAGCAAACUCGCCUGCCUGCUCACUCAAACGCCAGACGAUGAACAUCUCCCAAGCUUUGGAAUACGA